AGUGCCCCCUGCGUGUGCAUUUAAAAAGACCGCGUGGACGGGUUCCGGCAGCCGCGGGGAGGGCUGGGAAACGUCGGGCGCCGGGCGCAAUGACCUCUCGACAGAGCAAAUUGGCUGUACAUUUGGCCGGUCGCGGGGGAAGAGGGCAGUCAGUCCUCUAGAAACAAACCCCCCGCGAGCCAACCCCGAGGCAGAAAUAUCCCCGGGCGCCCGCGCCGCGCGCCUCAGAUAUGGCAUCUGAACAGAGCAAAAAAGCCAAUACUGGCGCCGACGAGCGCCCGGUCACCCUGGCAGACCUGCCGGGCGACGUCCUGGCCCACGUCGCCGAGCUCACGGGGAGCAAGCUGGGCGACGCGCUCCCGCGGCUCCGCGCGACGUCGAGGGCGCUGGCGGUAAAAAGCGCCGAGUCAACCUUCAGCGCCAUCGAUGAAAUAACCCGCCCACACGCAGGUCACGCAAGAUCUAAGUAGGGGCGUCGCCAAGUUCCUGGGCCUCGCGCUGCCGAAGAAGAACGGGCGGCGGACGCGGAGUCAAUCCGAGGACCCCUGGCGCUCCCUGUGCAACGCUCUGAAGCGCAAGAAAGAAGCCCUCAAAGCGAACCGGGACAAGGAGGUCUGGGCGCUCUGGUUGCGCAUGCACCGGAACGACUGUUCGACUUACUUAGCUCGGGCGCUGCGCGAGGACCCAGGAAUAGUCCACCACGGCCUCGACUUCUUCGCGGGGCGGACUUUGCUAUUUCUGGCGUCGUGGCGCGACCGCCCGAAGUGCGUGAAGAUGUUGCUCAACAGAGGAGCCUCGCCCGAAAUGACCGACGACCUCGGCUGCUCGCCGCUCAUCGUGGCGUCCUGGGCCGGCGCCGUCGAGGCCGUCGGCGAGCUCGUCAAGAACCGGCCCGCGCGGCGCACGCUGCUGUGGCGCGGCGAGCCGCCGCAGCAGUCGUCGUGCGGCGGCCGCGCGCCCUACACGGCGCUGCAGUGGGCGCUGCGCAAGAGCGGCGUCGCGACGUCGUGGCCCGAGAAGGAGCGCUUCGGCGCCGUCAUGGAGCUCGUCGAGGAGGCGAUCUUCGUGCCGCUCGCGGGCGAGGAAAGGAUUGGUGGGGGCUUCGUGGUGGGGUGAAUAAUGGGCGUGCAUCCCUUCAUUCUAACUCCGAUGGACCCUUCUGCCGACGGCGCGAGGACGUCGCGCGCCGUCGAGAAAAACGGGUUUUCCAUGCUGGUUACGACGUACUACGAGCUAGCCUGCCGCCCGUCGGCACACACAUCGGCCUCGCGUCUUAUUCGUCGUCCAUAAGGCGUGGUAGUGCUCGCCGUCCCCUCUUGUCGCCGGCGGAAAACAAAGGCUUCGCCGCAGCGGCGAAACGGCCACCUCUCUCACCGCCAAAGAGAUGGUCCAGGUCACGAGCGCCCUGCUGGCCAUCGCGGCGGCGGCCGCGAGCCUCGCCGGCGGCGCGACGGAGAC